AGGAAAGGCUAGCAACAUGGCUAAGCUGGUGUUAGCAUCAGAGAGGCUAGCGACUAGCAUUGAUGGGCAUCAGGACACACAAAUGUCGUGUAAGCUGGCCGUUAGCUGUCCAUGUGUGUGACGUGUCCCUCCUGUCCUCCGUCUGCAGAGCAGCCACGCCGAGCUCAUGAUGAUGGACGGCAGGAAGUCCGGUCUGCUGGGCCGAGCAGAGUCCCUGAGGAGGAGCGGCGUUGAACUACCCACUGACUUCCACGUUAAAAUACACAACCUGACGCACACGUGGACACAACUGGAGACGGUUCUGUCGGGCCGACGGGCUCCGGCUUCCUCGGAGCAGAAGGCCCGUCUGAUGGUGGGGGGUCAGGRCGCCGCUGCUGAAGACCCCCGCUCGGUCCUGUCCCCUCUAACCAACUCACUGCUGGAGCAGCUGGAGGCUCGGAUCAAGGAGCUGAAGGCCUGGCUGCGAGACACGGAGCUCCUCAUCUUCAACUCCUGCCUCAGACAGAAGGACGCCUCCCUGCAGCUGCCCAGCUUCAAGGUAGGACCAGGACCAGGACCAGGACCAGGACCAGGACCAGAGGCAGGCAGACCUGGUCCAGUUAGAAGACAUCAUUUAACAACACUGACAUUAGAAAACCAAACAAAGGAGCAGUUUGUCUUUGAGUAGUUUUAAUURUAGUUUCUG